UCGCUAUGAGCAGCCACCGGAAGAGCGAGUGAUCUGUCCCCGCCCCGGCAGCUCAGUCAGUCCGACCCGAAGAGAAGGAGAGUCCACGGCUAAAAAUACAAUAGCUAACACAAGAUGGCCGGUUUGCCUCGUAGGAUUAUAAAGGAGACGCAGCGGUUGAUGGCGGAGCCCGUUCCAGGGAUAACGGCCACGCCCGACGAAGGGAACGCUCGCUACUUCCACGUGGUCAUCGCGGGGCCCCAAGACUCUCCGUUUGAAGGGGGCACAUUUAAACUUGAACUAUUUCUUCCAGAGGAGUAUCCCAUGGCGGCUCCCAAAGUGCGAUUCAUGACCAAAAUCUACCACCCCAACGUCGACAAACUGGGAAGAAUAUGUUUAGACAUUUUGAAAGACAAGUGGUCUCCAGCCCUGCAGAUCCGUACAGUGUUGCUAUCUAUCCAGGCGUUAUUAAGUGCUCCCAAUCCAGAUGAUCCCCUGGCAAACGACGUCGCAGAGCAGUGGAAGAAAAACGAAAGCCAUGCCAUUGAGACAGCCCGAACAUGGACCAGGCUCUACGCGGGCCCCAGCGAAGUAUAGAAGAAGAGAGACGAGGCGACUGAAUGUGAUCCACAAAAUGUACUCCUAAUAUGUCAACAUUUGAAUAUAACGGACACACACACACACAACAACAAAAAAAACGAGAAAAGAAGAAAAAAAAACAAGAUCAUAAGUCCAAAUCUAUCUCAAAAGAAUUGACUGAGUCACUGCUGCAGACCUCUGGGGGACUCAUUCUCCCCUCGAAGACGCGUUCAAUGUGUGUACGUCUACUAUUAUUUUCUUUUCUUUCUGUGUUGCUAUUUAAAAUGCAUGGGCAGAGGACGGCACCCUCCCCACUACAGUCUUAAAAUCAUCAUGCAAUAUGUCGUCCUGAAGUAGGGCGCAUACUGGUACGUUUGCAAAAUAUACAUUAAAAGCUGCCCUUCUUUUAACACACUUGAUUUGUCGACACAUAUGUCCGUCUUUUUGUGAGAGAUGACGACAAACGCACAAGAGUACGGCUGCAACACACACCACCACUUGUGAGUCAAAUAAGAACGAUGACGUUUCCCUGUACUCUUUAAUUUUAAAUUUUUAUUAGGGAACACAAUGAGUUUUUAGGUGGAACGCUCAACCAUAAAAAGGUUAGUUGAACUUCCACACCUUUAUGACUGUGCAUACGGACAAUAACAACACUUUCGUAUUAAAUGGGUGGUGCAGCUACUGUAGGUUAUCUAAUGGGGGCACUUAACACACGUGAAACUUACUACACACACAAAGUAAAUGUGAGAUCAAGUCAAUUUAAACUAAGAAUAUACAUCCUCAAAUGUUUUUUUUCAGUCCUAUUUAAUCUGUAACUUCAUCUGAAAUGUAAGAUUUGUAAUUAGAGACUUAAUCAACUGAGGGGAAAACGUUUAAAACCAUUUAUGCGAUGGCUAGUUUCAAUUUAUGGCCCAGACAGAUGUGAUUCUUCACUGUUCACAUCUAAACACUGUCAGUAAAGUGAAAGUAAAGACAGAUUAUUGUGAGAUCCGAUGCAUGAGCCCAAUUAGAUGAGGAUUGUGCCCAAAAGAAUCCCAAACUGACCUGUUUCAAAUGUGAGAGUUUGUUCUUUCGGUCACGUCCAGCCACCUGAAUGAAAUAUCAACGUGUGGAUGUAAUAUUUCCUUAAUUCAAAAUAUUUUUUUUGCAUCUUUCAAUGAUCAGUCUUUACAGCCCAGUCAGACGGUUUGGGGAGGGUGAGCAAAUCGCUUCCACACGCCUUAAGAUUAAUCAGAAGCCGAAUUUUCUUUUGUUUUUAAGAGUGUAGGAAUCAGAGCUGUUUUUAUUUUCUUUCUUUUUUUAAAUGUCUGUCCAUGCUAUCUAUGUUGCCUGGUCUCCAUUUUAUUUCCAGAGGUAAUGAAACAGAAGGCAUGUACCAGAAUCAGAGUCACAUCAGGCUUUCUUCUUUUUUUUUUUGUCGAGAGUUGAGGUGCUUUUCUUUAAAGGGAUAGUUGAGGCUUUUUAUCCUUUCUUCUCACCGUGACUUUCCGAACCGGCUCUCAACCUGCUUCUGCUCUUUCUAUAUCGAUCUGUGAUGAUUAUGCAAGUGAGAUCCAUCGAUUCCGGAGGCACUUUUGUGGUAGAACAAGUGAUAACACAAAUACAAUAUUCAAAUAUUCCUCAUUAAAUGUCCUCUGUUACAGAUCUCCUAUUGGCUAGAAAUCCGCAGUCCCUGAAAACGGAAAAUCCUGCGUCAAAUUCUGCGUUGAUUAAUUGUCGAACUUAACAGCUUUCCGAAAAACGCUGAAGCUUUCCUUUCAAAGGUCACUGUGCUAGUGCGUUAGAGGGAUCGGUGUGACUCGUCGUCCAGUAACUUUAGACCCUUCACGCUCAUCUUGCUUCUGAAUGGCUCAUCUGAGGGAGGACAGUAACGUUACGUUGUAGUAAAACUUAUUUUCGUUUUCUCUUUUUCUCGCUCUUUCUCGGACUAUAUCGCAGGCUUUGGUGUGGCUUAGAUUUGUUUGUGUCCUGUCCCGACCCCCGAAGUAUUAAAUAACUGUUUCUAACCGCUGCAUUUACUCACGUCUGUAAGAUGGAGCACGGCUUAAAAGAAGAAGAAAAACGACCACAACCGAGUUAACUUAUUGUUUUUCACUGAGGAACUUGACAGUAAUCUGAAAGAAAGGAAAAAAAAAAAACAAGUCACUCACUGGAUUUUUGAAGCAUCUAGAUCAAAGGUAUCGAGAGAUCAAACUCUUGUGAAUCGGCUCCCCAUGUGUAAAGAAGAAGAAGAAGAGUUCUGUCGGUAAUUUCAGUACAUUUGCAUACAUGGCUCUUCAAAUACUCUGUAAAUAAACUGAGUUGAGUAAGUA